AUGCAAUCAUUAAGUCAAAAAAGCCUUGAUAACAACACAAUUCUUUCUAUAAUCCCCUAUCCACCUAAAGUUACCCCUCAGGAUCUAAUCAUGAGGGCAGGCGCAAGACUUGAAAAAAGUGGAAAAAUAUCCAGAAUUCCUAAUGCAUUUAUCGCAUUUCGCAUGGAUGUCUGUCGCGAACUUCGUGUUAUUGGCGAUUGCAGCAUGAGUCAACCUCAACUUUCUUUAAUGUGCAAGGCUUUAUGGGACAAUCAACCAGAAUAUGUCCGUAAUGCAUAUCAACGUAUUGCAGCAUCUGCAAAAAUUCUUUACGAAAGAAUGAUUCAGAAACGCAGACAGCAUGGACAAAAUAGUAAAAGGAUGGCAUCAUAUGAGCAGACGCCAUUUUUAGAUGAUGAAAUGAAUGAAAGUCUUGCUUCCAAAGAUCAAUUUGUAAAUUUUGAAAAUCUUUCUUUUGUGAAUACAUAUAUGACCUCUUCCAAAAUAUUCGUGCAGGAUACAUCAAACACAGCAUCUGGUCAUGCUCUUCCUAAUUGGAUCUAUCAAAAUGAAAAUCCAAAUUCAACUAUUGAAGAAUCAUCAAAUUUAACUAACUUUGGGCAACCUGAAAUUAGAUCAAAUAUAACUCUUCCCGCUGAUUUACAAGAAUCGCGUUUAGAGGGCCAAUCUUCAUAUUUUGAUCCUUCUUCCGGCGACAUUGAUUUUGUUUCAGUGAAUUCGGAAAAUGUAAUGCAAUCGUCGGGUUUUGAAUCUUUCGAUAACAGGAACUAUGAAUUUCAUGAAAAUCCUUUUUCUUCAGUUAAAAAUAAUUUGUCUGAACCGCAACAAACAAAUCAACGAGAACAUAGUUUAAUUGACAUUUUUGUUAUGAACAACUAUGUUAUUGAAAAUUCCCACGAACAUGAUAAAUGUGACGCAGAAAACCAGAUUAUCGAAUUGUGCUCAAAAGUUAAAUUUUUAGAACAAAAACUUGAUACUUUAAUGAAUUUUUUGAAUGAAGAAGGAUUUAUGAUAAAUGAAUGA